AUGUCCAGCCACAGAGGUGGCCAAAAGAAGCCCCUGAAACAGACCAAAAAGCAGGCCAAGGAGAUGGAUGAGGAAGAUAAAGCUUUCCAGCAGAAACAGAAAGAGGAGCAGAAGACACUCGAGGAGCUAAAAGCCAAGGCUUUAGGGAAGAGUCCCUUGGCCACAGGUGGAAUUAAGAAAUCUAGCAAAAAGUAA